AUGGAUAUGAUCCAUUUAGCUCGGCUCAUCAAAUCCUUUGAUUAUGUGAAGUCAACGCUCUCACAAAAAAAGUCAAACAAUUAUGCUUCUUCUCUGUUCUCUCUUCACCUUCGAGAUUUAGGGUUCUUCGUGUUCUGCGAGAUAGAUUCGGAACAAACACAAUCAGAGGCCGAAUCGAGUGCGUCUGUGAUUGCGUUAAUGGGGAUGGGGUUUCUUCAUCUUCGUCGACAUCGAUUGGAGAAAGGUGAUUCUGGAAAUGCUCUCUCCUUUAGCCGCCUUUUGAGUCUCUGUUUCUGGGUACGAGCUUUUUGCGACUACCGGAAGAUUUUGAAAAAUGGUCUUCACUCUCUUCAGUUUAACGAAGCUCUGGAUUUGUUCACUCACAUGGUUAAGUCACGUCCUCUCCCUGACAUCGUCGAUUUCACUACAUUGCUAACGACGAUAGCCAAAAUGAAGAGAUUUGAUGUUGUGAUCAAUCUCUGCGAGCAUCUGAAAACGAUGGGAGUUUCACAUGAUCUCUACACUUGCAACCUCUUGAUGAAUUGCUUCUGUCAAUCGUCUCAACCUUACAGUGCUUCUUCAUUUCUUGGGAAGAUGAUGAAACUCGGUUUCGAGCCUGACAUUGUCACGUUUACCUCUAUGAUCAAUGGAUUCUGUCAAGGGAAUAGACUCGACGAUGCAAUGUCUAUGGUGAAUCAGAUGUUGGCAAUGGGAAUCACACCUGAUGUUGUGAUGUACACUACAAUCAUUGAGUGUCUCUGCAAAAACCGGCUUGUGGAUGAUGCGUUGAGCCUUUUCAACCAAAUGGAAAGCAAUGGGACUAGACCUGAUGUUGUCACCUACACAUCUCUCGUGAACGGUCUUUGUAACUCCGGUAGAUGGAGCGAUGCGUCUACACUACUUAACGGUAUGAUGAAAAGGAACAUAAACCCUGAUGUAAUCACUUUCAAUGCAUUGAUCGAUGGGUUUGUGAAAGAAGGGAAGCUUCUGGAGGCUAAAGAUCUGUACAGUGAGAUGAUUCAAAUGUCUGUAGCUCCUGAUAUCUUCACCUACACAUCGUUGAUCAAUGGGCUUUGCAUGGAAGGUCGCGUAGAUGAGGCCAAAGAAAUGUUUCAUUUGAUGGAAUCCAAGGGUUGCUUUCCAGACGUUGUGGCUUAUACUUCUCUCAUAAAUGGGUAUUGCAAAUCCCAGAAGGUAGAGGAUGGGAUGAAGAUCUUCUACGAGAUGUCUCGGAAAGGUUUGCUCGGUAACACAAUCACUUACACCACUCUCAUCCAAGGUUUUUGUCUAGUGGGUAAACAUAAAGUGGCCCAAGAAGUUUUCAGUCAGAUGGUUUCUCGUGGCGUGCCUCCCAAUAUCAGGACCUACAACGUUUUGUUACAUGGUCUGUGUAUGAAUGGGAGGCUAGACAAAGCGUUGAUGAUAUUUGAGGAUAUGCAGAAGAGAGAGAUGAGUAUAAGUAUUAUUACGUAUACUAUCAUCAUUCAAGGGAUGUGCAAAGGUGGUAAAGUGAGAGAUGCUGUUGAUUUGUUUUGUAGCCUCUCCUCCAGAGGGAUGAAGCCUAAUGCUGUAACGUACACUACGAUGAUAUCAGGAUUGUUUAGGGAAGGGUUAAAGCUUGAAGCUCAUGUGUUGUUUCGGAGAAUGAGAGAAGAUGGGGUUUUGCCAAAUGGAGGCAUGUAUAAGACAAUACAGGCUGGGAUGAUUCCUGAUUGUUUCAUAUCUUUGAUUCUGGUUUGCUUUGAAGGAAAGGAUUUGGAGCCGGGUUUUCAAGGAGAUGCUGCCUCGGAUAAGCUCUUGUAG